AUGGACGAGAUCGCCCCAGAGUACGAUGUGGUAGUGCUCGGCACUGGCCUCACCGAGUGUGUUUUGUCUGGUGUUCUUAGUGUGAAGGGCAGCAAGGUUCUUCACAUCGAUCGCAAUGACCACUAUGGAGGCGAGGCAGCUUCCGUCAACAUCGAGACGCUGUUCAAGAAGUACGGCAACGUUCGCCCCGGCGAGGAGCCCUGGAAGAAAUACGGAAGGGUCAACGACUGGAACAUCGACUUGGUCCCGAAGCUGCUCAUGUCAAACGGAGAGCUGACCAACAUUUUGGUGUCCACCGACGUCACCCGGUACCUCGAGUUCAAGCAGAUCGCUGGCAGCUAUGUCCAGCAAGGCAAGGGCCCCAAGGCGACCGUGGCUAAGGUGCCUUCGGAUGCCGGUGAAGCUUUGCGCUCGUCUCUGAUGGGCAUGUUUGAGAAGAGACGCGCCAAGAAGUUCCUUGAGUGGGUUGGUGACUUCAAGGAGGAUGACUCUGCCAGUCACCAGGGACUGAACAUCCACGCGUGCACCAUGAAGGAGGUUUACGAUAAGUUCAGUCUCGAGGAUAACACCCGCGAUUUCAUCGGUCACUCCAUGGCUUUGUACCCAUCGGAUGGAUAUAUCAACCAGCCCGGCGCUGCUGUCGAGACCAUUAACCGUAUCCGCCUGUACGUCAAUUCCAUGGCGCGUUACGGUAAAUCGCCAUACAUCUACCCUCUUUACGGCCUAGGCGAGCUGCCCCAGGGCUUCGCCCGUCUGUCUGCCAUUUAUGGUGGUACUUACAUGCUGAACACCGACAUUGAUGAGGUGCUUUACGAGAACGGCAAGGUCUCCGGUAUCAAGGCAACCAUGAAGGACCGUGAUGACCAGUCUGAGGCCAUGAAGUUCGAAACCAAGACCAAGAAGAUUAUCGCCGAUCCUUCCUACUUCCCCAACAAGUCCAAGGUUACCGGAUACCUCCUCAAGGCUAUUUGCAUCCUGAACCAUCCCAUUGAUAAGACCGACGGCAGCGACUCGUUGCAGCUGAUCAUUCCUCAGUCUCAGGUUGGACGCAAGCACGAUAUCUACAUUGCCAUGGUCUCGUCCGCACACAACGUCUGCCCCAAGGGCUACUACAUCGCCAUCGUCUCUACCAUCGCCGAGAACGAUGCCAACCACCACAUCGAGCUCGAGCCCGGCUUUGACCGCCUGGGCAAGAUUGAAGAGACAUUCAUGGGUCCCCCCAUUCCUCUCUACGAGCCUAUCGAGAGCGGCGAGGAGUCCAACAUUUUCAUUUCCAAGUCUUAUGAUUCCACGUCACACUUCGAGACUACAACUGAUGAUGUUCGCGAUAUGUACCGCCGUGCCACUGGCGAGGAGCUUAAGGUCGAGGGUCUCCGAGAGGAUCAGCAACUGGCUGCCGAGUAA